AUGGCCCAUGUGAUUUAGAGUCAAUCUUAUCUGACUGGAUUGAAUAUAUCUAACAAUAAUUUAACCAGAUUAUUCUAGAGCGAUGACUAUGAUUAUCAGAUUUUAAGCCUUGAAUCUCUAGAUAUUUGUGAGAACCCUAUUGCAGAUGUGUCCCAUACGGUUUAUGAAAUUUAAAGAGCUUUUCCAAACAUAAUUGACCUAAGGCUAAAUCUCUAUGACGAAGAUCAUGUAGACUUAAUAAUGAGAUAAUUGCCUAAACUUUAAUUCCUAAAUUCAUUACCUGUUGAGAGAGAUGAAGAUAGUAUUUCUUAAGUUCAUAUUGUAGAAACUAGGCCAACCGAUUAAGAGGAAGAAUAUUAAUAUGAAUUUUCAAACAGCAGCACUCCGAUCGUUCAUGAUAAGUUGCCACAAAUGAUUUUUGAAGAUAGGCUUAAGCUUCCUACUAAAAAUUUAAACAAUUAGUUCUCACAAUAGAAUAUUCAAUCAUAGAGACACUUACUUUUAUAAUCAAGCAGAAGCACAAGAGAAUAAAGCAAGUCUGUUUCAAAUAAUGAACCCUAAGAAUUGACUUUAAAUCCAGGAGAUUUAGAGUAAAUAGCACAGAUAUAUGAUAAGAUUAGGGCCAUGCAUAAAGAAAAUAAUCCUGGCAAUGAUAAAAGACUUGCUAGUGAGUUUGAUAAUCAUUUGAAGACAGUCAUGCUCAAUUUAUCUAAUGCUUUAAGGAAUGAUGAUGCACCUUUAAAAGAGAGAAAUGCAGAAGUACUUAAAUCCAAAUACUUUCUGUAUGACGUCUGCUUCGAAAAGUCAAUCUAAUAUCUCUAAAUGGUAUCUUUGGACUAGGAAUCUGAAAUAUUUGACUAAAUAAGACAAGGUAUCUGCUCAAGUUUUAUUUACAUGAGUCAGCAAGUAAACAUUACAGAUCAAUAAAAAAAAGAAAGAGAUAGCACGCCUACAAGAGCAACUCAAAAUCUUGAAAAACAAAAGUUGCAGAAGAUCAUUGAGCAGUAAAAAAUAGAAAUAGAUAAGGCAAAUCUCUACUCAAAGAAUCUAGAGGAAAGGAUUCAAAGGAUGAUGGAGGAGUAGAACUCUGAGAGAGAAUACUAUAGAGUUGAAAAGUAAGAACUGCAAAACUAGAUUGACUAUCUUGAAACUGAAAACAAAAAAUGCAUUGAGGUGCUUAUCAAACACUCUAAAGACUAGAGUCAGAGUCAUCUAAACUCUAAUUUAAAUACCCAAAGAGACCCUUUGAACUUCAAUAACGGCUCUACAAAGUUAUUGAUUAACUGCGAUAGUGGAAAUUUAUCUAGUCAGCCAUCAAUUUCUCCUCUCGGAUUAAAUAAAAACAGAAUCAAUUAAAUUUCAUAGAUGUCUAUUGAAAACUAAAAGAAGCCAUCAUAAAAGUUGAAGUAUAUUAAUGUUCCUUAGAUAUAAUAGCCAUUAUAAAAUAGAAAUUUGACUAUUAAAUAGCUUAAAGAGCUCAUCAAUGAUAUCUAUCUAUGCAAAAGCAAACAUGAUGAGAAAAAUUGUGAAAACAAGUAGGCUAGAGAAACCAUGGAAUAAUUCAUGUAUACUUACCUAAAUUAAAGAUAUGGACUUAAAUAAUUAAUAAUAGAAUGGGCUUAAGCCAUUAUCAAUGGCAUUAAGAAGUACUAAAAAGAGGAUAAUGAGGUUUGUCUCUUUGGUAAAAUAUUGAGAAAUGAGGUUAAUGAGGAAUUUAGACUGGUUUAGCUGCAUGUCAAAGAUACAGUAAAUGCACUCUUAAAGCAAUUUAUUAGAGAAAAAUACACUCAUAAAUCAGAGCCUGAAAUAAAUAAGAUGUAUGAUGAAAUACAAAAUGACAAAGUCAACAUUGAUAAUGGUUACUGGACCAAAAUUAUAGAGAGAAUGUAUGAUGAUAAUGAUGUAAUCACUCUAAAGACUAAGAUAAGAGACACAUCCAGAAACCUUAUGAGAGAAGAUAUUUAAAAGUAGUUAUAAGGGAAUUCAAAGUCAAACCACGCUGCUAGUAGUAUUUCUAUUGUUUCAUCUAGCAGUACUAAGCAUGCUAACAAGCCUAAGUUAACUCGAGAGGAAUAGCUUUAACUCCUAAACCAGUUGAAUGAUGAUAGUAAUGUAAAAGUCUACUUUAGCAACUAUAUGAAGAAUGUUCUUGAUUUCUAGAUGUCUGAGCAUGAAAGAUAUCUGAAGUCCUUCAUUUAUGUAUUCAGAAAGGUUGAUAAAGAUAAUGAUGGUAUUCUCAAUGAAAACUAGUUCAAACUACUUAUGGAGGAAAUUAAUCUAUGCAAUGGUUAAGAUGAAAUCAGAUACUUCUUGCAAAUACUUGAUCCAUUUAAUACAUAGAAGAUUACCUUCAGCGAUAUCAUUUAACUUUUCUCAUCACAUUAAGUAUCAGAUGAAAUAGAGGAAGAUCAAGAAUAGAUUAAGUUGCCUUAGAAUGAUGGAAACAAGAUACCUCUCCUUGAAAGACUCACUAAAAUGUAUGGAGCCAUGUGA